AUGGGCAAGCCGAAGGGAAACAGUGAAGGAGAUGGAGCCAAGGUCCCCAACAGAGCUGGAUCCAUGCCUGCGUACCGCUGGCAGCCUUCUCAGCAAGAUUCGUUAUCCAGUGAAGUUCCUUCUACCAAGGAUGUAGAAACUGCCAUUUCUCUCCCCAGUACCCACAGGGGUCCACUUGGCCCAUGCACUAGCGAGGACUGCCAGGCAUUGGUGGCGAGGCUUCGAAAUCAAGUGCAGAAUCUACGAGAAGAAAAGUCCCAACUGGAGUCAUUGAUCUUCAUGCAACAGCAGACUAUCCACCAAAUCGAUCGGGUAUCCAUGGAGGACAAGCUGAGGAGUUCAUCAGAUGCAGUUCAGCGUCUCAAUGAGCAUAUUGCUGACCUGCGAACGCUCUUGGCAACGAAGGAUAAAGAAAUUGGAGAGCUGCGAUCUCAGCUUGAAGAUCUGCGAAGAGAAAAUAGACAAGCCAGAGAACUUGCAGCACUAGAGACAGAGAGGCUCGCAAAAGCGAAUUCCGAAAUCGAAGAGCUAGCAGACCACUUGCAGAUGUCAGAGCGGAAACAGGAAAAAAUGAUGUCGUUCCUCCAACUCGGAUCGCCUGAAGAGCUUGAAUCGUUGGCAGCACGAAAUUCCGAAUUGGUGGACAAGCUUGCUGAGAAGGAGGAGGCUGUGCUUAGUUUGAGGCGCCAGCUGUCAGACGUGCAGGAGAAUGCAGAAGAGUCAGCCAAGGAGAAAGAUGAACAGUUGGAGAAUUUGCGGAGGAGUUUGGCAGAUCUUCGAGAAAAGGCGGAAAUGGCGGAACCUCUGUUGCGUCUCGGCUCGCCCGAUACGUUGCAGUCGUUGGUGACUAAAAACUCCGAAUUGGUGGGCGAGCUUGCUGAGAAGGAGGAGGCUGUGCUUAGUUUGAAACGCCAGCUGUCGGAAGUGCAGGAGAAUGCAGAAGGAAGGAACAUUGAUGCUCUUCGUGUAGCCCGUCUACAAGCUUUGCAGACGGGGAGCGAUGUACCACACGGAUGCAUCCUAGACCAAGAGCGAAGCAUGCAGGUCCAAAGGGGAUCAUUGGAGAGCGCCCAGCAAGACGAAGAACUCAAGGAGUCCCGGGAGAGGGAGAAGCUUCUGUAUCAACAGCUUCAGGAGGUUCAGUUCCGUCUUGAGACACUGAAAAAGGAGAAUCAAAUGCUUAAGCAUGCACUAAUGAAUACAGCCCAGGAAUCGGUUGAUAAGGAGGAUGCAAUUCUCAGGGAUAAAAGGGAGUACGAUGCACUUCAGAAGGCUGUGGAGAAUGCAACGCGUAACGCAGAAGACUCCAGAUAUCUGGCACAGGUGGAAAGAGAGAGACGCAUCGCCCAAGUGACGCAGCUGAAAACGCAAUUGGCAAGAUGGCAGAGAAAACAUCGCGGCCAGCAUAUCCUUGUUGACGUGGAACAGUAUGACAUAGACACGGGAACUGGUUGA